AUGCAAUUAUUCAGCAUCUUACUGGGAUGCUUGGCAUUGACUAGCAUUGCUUCUGCUACUUAUUCUCCACAAGCAUGUCACCCUACAGGCUCAAUGAGCAGUGGUCUUAAAGUUAAUUUUUAUCCAUACACCCUUCUGGAUAAGAAAACCAUGGCAAGCGUAGAAUAUGUUUCUACCGGUUACACCAAGAAUGCUAUUCUUAAAACCAUCGAUCGUGUCUCAAACAUCAAUUUCAAUUGGCAAUGGCCCUACUGGCCUUGGGACAAAGGUGUACACUAUGGCUACAUCUACAAUUAUUACACCACUGCUUCUAACUUUACCACUGAACUUACCGGUUACUACUACGCUCAAAAGACUGGUACCCAUACAUUCUUCUUGGCUGAUAUCGAUGAUUCCGCAGCUUUCUUUAUCGGUAACGGUGUUGCCUUCAAUUGUUGUGAGGAUCAACCAGCUUCAAACCCUUCCCAAUACACCUUCUUUGUAUCAGAGGGUGUUGGAAGUACAAGGGGUACUGCUUACUUACAAGCUGGUAACUACUACCCUAUUAGAGUUGUAUACUCUCAAGCCGUUGCUCAAGCUGCCUUGAACUUCCAAGUCACUGAUCCUUGGUUAUGGACACAAGCGGUUCACAUCAACACAUAUGUUUUUGCAACCAAGUUCACGUGUCCAAAGCCAGUUACUGUCACUUCUGCUUGGACAGGAAAGGUUACAUCUACUACCACCAUUGCUAACGGACCAACCACUACCGUUGAAGUAUUCACCCCUACUGUACCACCUGUGACUGUCACUAGUGCUUGGACUGGUAAGUCUACUACCACCAAGACUAUUACCAAUGGUGUAACUACCACUGUGCAAGUUUUGACUCCAACUAUCCCACCAGUGACUGUCACUAGCGCUUGGACUGGUAGUUUUGCUACCACUAAAACAAUCACUAACGGUGCCACUACAACUGUUCAAGUUUUAACGCCAACUCCAUCUUCGAUUGCUCCAAGUGGUUGGACUGGUACUAACACUGUUACUACUACUUUUGUCAGUGGUGGCUCUAGUUAUGUCCAAGUUUUAACGCCAACUCCAUCUUCGAUUGCUCCAAGUGGUUGGACUGGUACUAACACUGUUACUACUACUUUUGUCAGUGGUGGCUCUAGUUAUGUCCAAGUUUUAACGCCAACUCCAUCUUCGAUUGCCCCAAGUGGUUGGACUGGUACCGCCACUGUCACUACUACUUUUGUCAGUGGUGGCUCUAGUUAUGUCCAAGUUUUAACGCCAACUCCAUCUUCGAUUGCCCCAAGUGGUUGGACUGGUACCGCCACUGUCACUACCACAUUUGUUAGUAAUGGUUCUACUUACGUUCAAGUUUUGACACCUUCUGCAGUAACCUCUGCUACUACUGAAGUCACCUCUGCUACUACUGAAGUCACCUCUGCUACUACUGAGGUCACUUCUGAUACUACUAAAUUCUCUACUGCUACUGAUGUCACCUCUUCCACUACUGAAGUCACUUCUGCCACCACAGUCACUUCUAGUAGCUCUAUCACUAGUUCCAAGUCCAGCUCAACUGCAGUUGUCACUUCUAGUGUUUCCUCGAUAGCCACCUCGUCAGCACCAAAACCAUCCAUUAAUCCUACAGUACCAGCAUUCUGUGCCCCACAAGGUGAAGCUACCCCAGGUCUUAAAGCUUCCAUCUCUGUAUAUCCUUACGGGGAUUUUAAUAUCAAUUCCAACAUUGACUUUAUGAUUUCUGGUUACAAGAAGUAUUACAGUUUUGCUUCUGUUACUGGUGUUACAAACCUCACCUUAGACUUGACACAAAAGCCUCAUCUUAGUUUCAUCAACAAUGUUUGGGGAAUGUCCACUAAUCAAAACUUUGUUGCUGCACUGCAAGGUUAUUUCCUUGCAUCUGAAACUGCUCAAUUCACCUUCCUGAUUUCUGUAGAUGAUGCUGCCAUAGUUCAAAUCGGUGAUGGAAUUGCCUUCCCAUGUUGUCAAAUUACUGAAGGUGGUUCUUCUUCUGCUCAAUUGUUUGCUCGUCUGAACCCAACAACCAACGAACUUGGAAAUGCUACCGCCACUGUUUCUCUUCAAAAGGGUUACUACUAUCCAUUCAAAGUUGUUUACAGUAAUCUGAUUUCUAAUAUGAAAUUCUUUAUUUCAGCAAGUACUCCAAACACUCCAAAGGUUGAUAUUGAUAGUGCACUUUUUACCUUCCCUGACUCCAGUUCUACUUGUUCGGCUCAGGUCAAAGCUCGUCGUGGAGAAGAUACUUUCACCAACUCCACUUACACUCCUCCAUCUAUUGCUGAACCAAGCGUUUCCGCUGGUGGUAGCGGCAAAUUAAUGACAUCUAUUCCAGCUUUGUUGGCCACUUUGUUGGCUUACUUGGUUUUGUAA